GAAAUGAGUGGAGUUCUAAAGAACAUGCUUUCAGAGUGGUUCUCAACAGGAUUCCUAAACUUGGAACGGGUCACUUGGCAGUCACCUUGUGAAGUACUCCAGAAAAUUAGUGAUUCUGAAGCUGUGCAUCCUGUUAGAAACUGGGUUGAUAUGAAGCGUCGAGUUGGGUCGUAUAGAAGAUGCUACUUUUUUUCUCACUGUGCAAUCCCAGGAGAACCUUUGAUCGUCUUACACGUCGCACUAACCAGUGAUAUCUCCAGCAGCAUCCAGGCCAUAGUGAAAGAAGUGCCGCCUUUAGAAGCAGAAGAUACAGACAAAAUUACGACAGCAAUUUUCUACUCAAUCAGUUUGACUCAGCAGGGACUGCAAGGUGUGGAGCUUGGGACUUACCUCAUCAAGCGGGUUGUAAAAGAGCUGCAGAAAGAGCUUCCUCAGAUAACUGCUUUUUCUACUCUUUCACCUAUCCCGGGAUUCACAAAAUGGCUUGUUGGUGUCCUCUCCUCACAAACAAAAGAACUGGAAAGAAAUGAACUUUUUACAGAAUCAGAAUGGCGAGAAAUCUCCGAGAUCACAGGAGACUCUACUACUGAAACACUAAAGAAACUCUUAAAUAACAAUGAGUGGGUGAGGUCAGAAAAAUUAGUUAAAGUGCUUCAUUCUCCGUUUAUGAGACUCUGUGCCUGGUACUUGUAUGGAGAGAAGCACCGUGGUUAUGCUCUUAAUCCAGUGGCAAAUUUUCAUCUUCAGAAUGGCUCCGUGCUGUGGCGGAUAAACUGGAUGGCGGACACAAGCCCUCGGGGCAUCGCUGCUUCUUGUGGCAUGAUGGUGAACUACCGCUACUUCUUGGAGGAUACAGCCAGUAAUAGCGCAGUGUACCUGGGGACUAAACAAAUUAAGGCCUCAGAGCAGGUUCUUUCCUUGGUGUCUCAAUUCCAGCAAAACAGUAAGCUUUAA